AUGAUUGACAGGAGGGGUGAGUCUGAGGAAUCUGGUGAUGAUGAGACCAAGAGGAAGAGUCUCAAUGGAGAGGUCGACUCCCUGCAAGCCCCCUCGACUGUACCCAAGGAGUCACCGGUUGACAUGGACACCAUAACCUUAGACCCAGAUGAAGAGGAUGUGGAUCUGGUCCACUGCCGCAUUGGGAAGAUUGAGGGUCUGGAGGUUCUUCGCAAGGCAAAGACAAUUUCUCUAAGGCAAAACCUCAUCAAAUGCAUUGAGAACUUGGACAGCCUUGUCUCGUUGAGGGAACUCGAUCUUUAUGACAACCAGAUCCGCAAACUAGAGAAUCUUCAGGCCCUAACAGAGCUUGAGCAGCUAGAUGUAUCGUUCAAUUUACUGAGGAAGAUUGAGGGAUUGGAGUGUCUCACAAAAAUCACGAAACUCUUCCUGCUUCAUAAUAAGAUUAUGAGCAUUGCCAGCCUCGAUCAACUGACGAGCCUCCAGAUGCUGGAGCUGGGCUCUAACCGCAUCAGGGUUAUUGAGAAUCUGGAUUCUCUUACUUCUUUGGAGAGUUUGUUCCUCGGCACGAAUAAAAUCUCUCAGCUACAGAACCUUGAUGGAUUGCACAGUCUGACGGUUCUCAGUAUCCAGAGUAACCGCAUCACGAAGUUGGAGGGACUCCAGAAUCUUGUCAGUCUGCGAGAGCUUUACUUGAGUCAUAAUGGCAUUGAAGUCAUUGAGGGCCUGGAGAACAAUAAAAAGCUGACAACUUUGGAUAUCGCUGCAAACAGGAUAAAAAAGAUUGAAAAUAUCAGCCAUUUGACUGAAUUAAAAGAAUUUUGGAUGAACGACAACCAAAUUGAUAACUGGGCAGACUUGGACGAACUCAAGAACGCCAAAGGUCUAGAGACUGUCUAUCUGGAGAGAAACCCUCUGCAGAAGGACCCUCAGUACAGACGCAAGAUCAUGUUGGCUCUUCCCAAUGUCAGGCAGAUUGAUGCCACCUUCAUCCGUUUCUGAUCAUCCACCUCAUUGUGCCCUCCCUCACCCAAACCAUCCACAGCAUAUUAUAAACACACCACUACCAUAUUUCCCUCAUAGACACCGUCUGGUGUCUGCCCUAUUUAUCUCUUUUAUUUACUUUUUAACAACAAAAAAGAAGAAUCUCACACUCCCAGUGUUGCCAUUCCAUGUGCUGGCACCUUUUACUCGCACAGAGACUGUAUACCUAUGCUCUGACUUAUGCUAUAGUGUGAAUUGCUUGUUCAUUUAUUUUCAGUUUAGGACAUGAUUAGUCUGAACUCAAAGGAGCCAAUGCCUGUUGCUCUGAAAUUAUAUCAGCGCUAAAUCUUACUGCCCUUAGCAUUUUGGUAAGGAAAUCAUAGCAUCGUGGUUAUCCCUUCUCUCUCCCUCCAUCCAUGUAGGUAAUUUUAAAAUCAGACAUUUCCGCCAUGUAUGAUUUACAUUAGGCAUUGAGGUCUUAUUUACUAUAUGAGGUGGUAAAAAGGUCAGAGUUCACAUUGCAUUCAGAGACUGAAGAUGGCUAUGAGGAUAUUCUUCUUCUUUGAUGUGAUCAGGGACUAUUUCUUUGAGUGUUAUGCUCUUAUGAAUUCAAUUCGCAUAUCAGUUCUGUUUCUGGUUGUAUCAGUAUGUUAACAUUUUGGCUGGUUGAAAUGUGACAUGAUUCAUAUUGUUCAUUCUUCAGAAAUACUGAAUAUAUUAAAAGGGAUUCAUUCCAUUUUAAAACUAAGGUUAUGCCACAAUCAAGUCAUUUUAGGCGAUAUCAGGUGAUUAGUAUUUUUUUGUAAUUAGACUUUUUUUUUGGAAAUAUUAAAUAUCACAUGCACUCAAAAUAUUCACACAGAGACACCUCAUGUUAAUGUAUGGUCUCCUCCCCCAAUACUAGGUGAAUGGAAGAGGCCACAGUGUGGUGACUGUGUUUGGCCACUCCCAUUUGAGGAGAGGGGAGGGGGUCUGAGGGGUUUCACUCUCAGCUGAUUCUUUAUGGAAUAAACCAGGGCUGUCCAAACUCGGUCCUGGAGGGCCGGUGUCCUGCAGAGUUUAGCUC